UAUUAUUACUAUUAUUCUCAAAAUAAUUGGAGCAUUGAAAAUUCUUGAAUUGGAUUUACUCUAGAUCUUAAGUUAUGAAUGAAAAAUAAUAAAUAACUAUACAAUAAUGGAAGAGUUACUUGCGUGCCGAGUUUGCCUUGCAACUAAUAUAAAACUUUACGACAUAUAUAAAUAUAAACUGAAAUAUGUUUACGAAAUAAUCAGUGGCAUUGAGAUCUCUCCGGGGGACAACUAUCCACAUUAUUUAUGUGUAUAUUGUAGAUCAUUACUGUUGAAAUGUUUUUCAUUCAGGGAGAGAUGUAUAAAGUCACAGGAUCUCAUGAAAUUCGCUGAACGGGAUGGUGAACUUCUUACAACGAAAAAACUCGAAUCUUUAGCCGCUUAUAACCAAAUAAUGUUACCAUAUUCUAUAUUCAAAAUAAAAACAACAGACAUAUUCGAUAUAGACAUAAAAAAGGAAACAGACCUAACGUUGAAAGAAGAAAUAGACUACAGUGACGAGGAACCUUUAGCGAAUAAAGUAAAAAAGAAUAAAAAAGAUGAAGAUAGUUCAGUUGUAAAUGAAAUUGAAGCUAAUUGCGAUGAUGAUAGGAGUGAUUUUGACUUACAAUUGGAUACACAGGACUGUAAAAAUGAUGUAUCCAACUUUGAUAUUGAGUUAAAAUGUCUCACUAAAGAGGAGCAAUAUAACGAAUUAUUAGCAAGAAAAUCAUCACAGAAUUAUAUAAAUUCAUUUUACAAAUGCGAACUGUGUUUCAAAGGAUUCCUUCAGGAUGAGACUUAUAAAAAACAUAUGAUCCGACACGAUCCGUCAUCGGGCGAUGAAUCCUGCGAUGUCUGCAAAACAAGAUGGCCGAACAAAAGAGCAUUGAAAUCCCACAUAACAACAGCUCACGAAAGGAAAUAUAUAUGUAAACUAUGUAAUUUAGAAAUCAAGAGCAGUCAUCGAGCAAAGGAACAUCUAAAAUGGCAUACUGGUCAUAGAUUCGUCUGUAAAAUAUGUGGCUUAACCUUUUCAAAAUCAACGAGCCACUUAACCCAUGUUCGGUUACACCAUCCGUCGAAGAAUUGUUGUGGAAUUUGCGGAGAGAGUUUUCUUAGUGAAGUCGGAUUGAGGAUGCAUUGUAAAAAGUCACAUCGGGAGGUCGAGGUUUCUGUAGUAACAAGAGCGAAGAUAGUGUGUUGUGUAUGUGACACCCACUUCAAGACUGUUGAAGCUAUGAAGCGGCACGUUGCUCAUACUAGUGACGGCGUGUGUGACGCCAAGUACAGUUCAUGCUACCAGUGUGGGGAAAUCUAUCCGACGCAGGUUGCGUUAAAGGAACACUUAAAGUCGCAUGACAGCGGCGUCAAAUGUGAAGAGUGCGACAGACAAUUCGCUCAUAGCCGGUCCUUCUCAAUCCACUAUCAACGUGUUCAUCUGGGAAUCAAACUGCAACCGUACAAGCCGCGGGAACGUCGGGCCCAUGUAGAUUGGGUCUGUGAGGUGUGCGGGAAAAAAUGUAUUUCCAACGCUUCGCUGGUUUGUCAUCAGCGAAUCCAUACGGGGGAGAAGCCUUAUCAGUGCAGGGAUUGUCCAAAGCGGUUCAGCAUAUUCCAAAGGUUAAAAAUCCAUCAACGCACCCACACUGGGGAAAGACCAUUCAAAUGUGCAGUAUGCCCGAAGGCGUUCAAACACAAAGCUGCCUUAAACAGACAUGAUAGGGUACAUUCAGGAGCGAAACCCUAUCAGUGUAUACAUUGUGGAAAAACGUUUUCCCAGUCGAAUUCUCGUAAACUUCACAUAAGGACGGUACACCUGAAGCUGCCUACCCCCUAUAGAAGCAGUCGGUAUAGGACUGAAGAUACAGACGUACUAGAAAAUAAUGGCCUAAAGUUACCAGGUUAAGCAAGGUUACAAUUUGGAUGGGUGACCGCUUUUUUUCAUACUAAAGAAACGUCUUUAUCUAGGACGAAUAAGCUGGCUAUAAGAGUUAUUUUUAAGCGAUUCAUCAUAAUCACCGCACUUGGCGAUUUCAUUGGGGAUUUAGAUACUUAACGCAGUCAA